UUUGACGAGGUCGCCGAAAAACUAGAAAGAAAGAAUUCAAAGAAGGGUUGAAAGUAAAAUAAAUACAUUUCCUAAUUUCUUUUAUUUUCAAUUAUAAUAUAUCCUAAAUUAAGUAUAUAAAAGUUUGACUUAAAACAGAACAAGUUAAUAAAAUUAUCACCAAAGCAAGAGUCAAUUCAAAAAAAUGAAUCUUCCAAAAAAACAAUUAAAAAUGUCUUAAAUGCACAAUUUUUUUGCUUUCGUACCAUACGAUUCUCUCUCUCUAUAACUAAGAUUAAGAAAGAAAGUGGGACAAUACAACCACAUCGUCCAACGAAGAGAGAAAGGUGGAAAAUGAAGGGGAUGAUGAUGAUCAUGGAGAUUCUUCUUUGAUUCACGAAUCGUCUCUGUUUCACAUAUUUGUCGAAAUUCAAAAGAAAAACGAUCUGUCGGUUUCAUAGGAAAAAUAGAAAAAGAAAUAAAAAAAGCUCUGCUUUCUCUUUCUUUCGUCUUUUUCUAGAUCGCAUUUUCUCAGCUGUCGUUUCUUUUCACAAAUCUCGCCAAAGUUUGUGACAUCUCAUCGAAUUUAGCAAACCCUUUUGUCUCAAAAUCUAAUCCUUGCGUCAAUCUCGCUCCAAAAAAAAAAUCAAACCUUUAUCUGUUUCCUCUGUUUUCGUUCUCUCCCUUUUGCUCUGUUUUUUUUUCGAUCGAUUUUGAUCAUUACAAUGGGCUGUGCAAGCUCCAAGCAUAAAAGGCGUUGCAGUGAUUGUCGAGGAGGAUUAUCUCCGGUGGUUGUGCCCCGAAGCUAUUCAAUGCACGUUCAUCAUCCGGCGCAACACUCCGGAGAUAGCCAUCACACGGUGGCUCUCACAUCCUCCACCGUCGGAUCUCUCACCCUCUGCGAAUGUCCUUUCAGUCUUAUUGACAAACACUUGGAAGGCAUCAGAGAAAAGCGAGUCGUCUCCGAUGAGAAGGAGCUAAUCCCCGGUGAUGGGUUUCAUCAGGAUGAUCUCGAGGUUAAAGAAACGGAGAAGUUGCAGUCUAAGCUUAUGGAAGCCAAGGUUUGGUCGAGUAUGAUGAACGAGAGAAUCCCCAAGUUGUUGCCGCCUAAAACUCCGAUUGUGACGCCUCCCGGUGAGCCGGAGACGAUCAAUACGUGGGAGUUGAUGGAAGGUCUUGAAGACGCGAGUCCUUUGCGACCACCUGAUCAUUUGAGAAGCUUCUCCUUUGAUGUUGUCCGUGUUCAACCUUGUGAUGAAGAUGAUGAUGAUGGUCCUGCUCCCUUAGAUCGACCUAAGUCAAGGUUUCAUGAUUUGGAUCAUCCUGAGAUCGUGUCCACUUUCAGGAAAUCGCUUCAAGAACUCCCAGAUGAUCAUCCUUUUCACAUCCGGAUCCCUAAUGUGGAUCCGAUAUCAUCCGGGUCUUCAGAUGAAGAAGAAGAAGAAGAUGCAGAUUGUAGAAGAAAGCCAGACAAGGUGAUAGUUUACUUCACAAGUCUUAGAGGUAUACGGAAGACAUACGAAGACGGUUGCAAUGUCAGGGUGAUUCUAAAGAGCUUAGGGAUUCGUCUCGACGAGCGCGAUGUGUCGAUGCAUUCGGGUUUCAAAGAUGAGCUUAAGGAGUUGUUGAGGGAUGAGUUCAACGGUGGCGUUGGAAUAACCCUACCUAGAGUUUUCUUGGGGAGCAAGUAUCUCGGCGGAGUGGAAGAGAUAAAGAAGUUGAACGAAAAUGGAACGCUUGAAAAGGUUGUAGAUGGUUGCGAAAGAGUCGAGGAUGGGUUAACGGGUUGUGGGAUUGAAUGUGAGGCUUGUGGUGAUGUUCGGUUUGUGCCGUGUGAGACGUGUUCAGGAAGCUGUAAAAUAUACUAUGACAGUGAAGGUGAAGAUGAAGAUGAAAAGGAAGAAAGAACAGAAGAAACAGAGUAUGGGUUCCAAAGAUGUCCAGAUUGUAAUGAGAAUGGGUUGAUCAGAUGUCCUAUUUGUUGUGAUUAAGUCCUUUUGAACAGACAAAUCAAAUUCAACUCUUUUCUUUUUUUUUUUUACUUUGGGGUUAUUAAAAUUCCUUUUUGUGGGACUUUUGGUGCUGGAGCUGGAGAAUGUAUUGUUGUUGUACAGCGGUGUUCUGAUUGAUAGUGAAAAGAGACUUUAGGUUAAAAAUAAAGUGCAUAUACUUUUGAUUAAUUUUGGGGAUGGGUUGUUGUUAUUAUUCCAAAGCAUAACCAAAAUCAAACAAAAAAUAUAUAUUCUUCAAUUUUGUUCGUGGGAAUUGGUCUUCUCAUGAUUUAAGUAUUUCAUAUGAAUUAUGAUCAAUAUUUGAAUUGGUUUUAGGAAAUGAAACAAAUGAAACAAAACAAGCAAUCUUUUCUAUCAAGUAAAGAAAAUGAUUAGUGUUUAGAAGAAGUUUAAGUAUUAAUUAUUUUUAAUGUUGGUUUUGGGUCAAAAUUAAUAUUUCUGAAACCUACGGAGUAUUAAAUAGUAUCUCAUCUCUUGCUUUUCUGCUGAUCUCAUAAAUAUAUAUAUCUAUUUACUUCUUACUUUUUAUUUCAUGGAAGUUGUUUUUUCAAAACGUUUAUGUAUUUCAAAUAAAUUAAGAUGCAAUACAUAAGUGAAUGCAUAUCUGAAUUGGUUUAAGGAAAGGAAACAAGUGAAACAAAAUAAAUCAAAACAAACAAACCUUAUGUGAAAAUGAUUUUAGACAAAGUUUUAGUGUAUGUUUUUGGUCAAAAUUAACAUUUCUGAAACCUAUGGAGGUAUUCAGCAGAAUAAUUUUGUGCUUUUUUGGUAAAAAAAAGAGAGAAUAAUUUUGUGUUGAUCUCAUUAAUGUUAUAAUUUUACAUCUUUAUUUGACUAGACUGUAAAUUAAUAUUUGCUCACUCUCCAUAGUUCAUGUAACAUUGACUAGAUUGUAAAUUGAUAUUUGUUCACAUUCCAUAGUUCAUGAACUUAGACUAGAUUGCAAAUUAAGGCAAGUUGAGACUGUAGGGUUGGUGGAGAGGAGAAAUCAGCUAAUAAAAUCUGACCUCCGAGGAAAGUGGUGUGUGAAUCAAACAAAACACUAGAAAUUGAACAUGGGUCAACAUCAAUUUUCUCUUUAAGCAUGUUCCAUCCAUUAUCGGUUAAUUAAUUAAUUCCAAGCAGAUAAAGCGAUGAAUCAAGUUGUCAAACAUCUAGAUAAUUAUUGAUUUAAAGCUCUGCUUUUACUUUUAUUCACCAAAUAGUCUUAAGCAGCGUGUUGAAAUAUAAACAUUAGACUAGCUUCAAAUAGUAGUUAGCUUAGUUUCUGAUUCUGAAAAAAGUAGAGAGCUAACACUGUAAAAACCUAUCCAUUUAUAUAUUUAACUGAUUUUAAAAUUUUAUAUAAAUUUACAAAUCCAAAGAAAAAUUACUGAUUUUAGUUUUUUUGGUCAACAGAUUUUUUUUGGAAAUCAGUAAAUUUAAUUGGAUUUCAAAAUUUAACAUAUAGAUUUUAGUUACUAUUUGAAAUUUUCAUUCAGCUUUAAGUCUAUGUAUUUUUAUCAACAGAAUCUCUUCAAAUUCAACAAAAACCAUUAUAAAAUCAAAGUUAUUAAUAAAUACAUAUAAUUCAAUAAUACACGACUUGAAUUUGAAUUUAUGAAUCAUAGAAACAAUAACAAAUGAAUUCAACUCAAGAUUUAUAACAUUAACAAACUUGUCAUAUUUGUAUAUGAUAAAUAUAUCAAAUAUGGGGUUUGCAAAAAAACUUGAAUCUGGGCCCAAUGACUUUUUUUUUAUGAGCACUGAGCUCUGAGAUUCGAUCAUCUACUCAUGAGCACUCACUCGCUCGCUCGCAGCUCAUGAGUGCGUUGGUGUUGUUCAUAUCAAAGAAGAUGGACUCAAAGGAUGAUCUCGUUCCUUUCCAAUCGCUAACCGCAAUCGAAGUUCGUCAAUCGAUCUCCAUCGACUUUAGUCAACUCUUUGGAACCCCAAUUACGCCGUUCCGAACACCCUCUGGAGCUUAUCUUCGACGAACCGAUCUCCAUGUAAGGUAUUUUAGUAAAUGCAUUCACUGGGUUCUCUAGACUGUGAAUUUUUCAAAACUCCUAGCAUCGCAUCUAUCAAUGUGCUUUAGGUUUUGUGAGUCGUGUAAACAACAAACCCUCUUUGAUAUUUCAUUUCGUCAGUUCUUGAUGGGCUUCUAAAGGAGAUUCGUGAUGUAACUCUUUGUUGAUACAACUGUAAGUUGGAGAUUUUGAUUGAGAGAAGCAAUGUGACUGAGAGAAGCAGUGUCCCAUGAGCUUGUACAUGCGAAUAGGCUAUAGUCGUUUUUUCAAAUCAUUUACGUGCCUUCUUCGAGCUGGUGUUGAUAGACCUUGAGAAAGACGUGUACCAACAGUAAAGAUGACAAGAAAACCAAAGUCACGGACUGUGGUGAGUUAUUUGCCCUUUUUUUAUAUUAAAGGAGUCACCAUCUUUCUUCUUAUUGUAUUGUAUUUGGAAUAUGUGAAAGUAAGUAGGUUUGAAAGUUGCCGGGACAGAAUAGCCUAGUGGUAAAACACUAGAGUGAACUGGAUCCCAAGACACACGGAUUCGACUCCUCCGGGGUUCCAGAGAGCGCCCAGUGACAAAAAAAAAAAAAAAAAAAAAAAAAAAAGGUUUGAAAGUUUGUGGUCCCUCUAGGAUUUGUUUUUUUCAACUUUCUUUUUAAUAAACAAUGACUAAAUAUUUACUACUCCCUUGUUUUUGACUAAAGUCUUUCUUCUUAAGCCUUUCCUACUUCUCCCUGAGUUUCACAUGGCUUCUUCUUCUUCUCCAGCGAUCAAUUGUCCACACGAUGUUUUCCUCAGCUUCCGAGGGGAAGACGUGCGCAUCAGAUUCCGUUCCCACUUUCUCAAGGAGCUCAACCGCAAUCUAAUCACUCCCUUCAAGGACGAUGAGAUUGUAAAAGGCAGAUCCAUUGGCCCUGAACUGAUCAACGCCAUUAGAGGAUCGAGGGUCUCUGUUGUCGCGUUCUCUAAUAACUACGCAAGUUCCAGCUGGUGCUUGGAUGAGUUGGUGGAGAUCAUCAAAUGCAGGGAAGAACUUGGCCAAAUUGUGAUACCAAUUUUCUAUGACGUGGAUCCUUCUCAUGUUAAGAAACAAACUGAAGGCUUUGGAGUGAUCUACGAGAAGACUUGCCAAGGCAGAAAGGAGGAAGAGAAGCUUCAGUGGCGGCGAGCGUUGACUCAAGCAGCAACCAUAGCCGGAGAGGAUUCUCGGAACUGGUCUGACGAAGCAAAGAUGAUUGAGAAAAUCGUCAAUGAUGUCUCCAGCAAACUGUGUUCAAGAGAAUCCAAUGAAUCCAAUGAUUUUGACGACUUUGUUGGAAUCGAAGCUCACAUGAAAAACAUGAAUUCGUUGUUGGAGUUGGAGUCAGAGAGGGAGGUAAUGGUAGGGAUUUGGGGUCCAUCUGGUGUUGGUAAGACUACCAUAGGACGAACUCUCUUCAGUCAACUCUCCUGUCAGUUCCAAAGAAGCAUUUUUAUUGACAAGACUAAGGAGAUUUAUACUAGGGCCAACUCUUACGACUACAGCACCAAGUUGGACUUACAAGCACUGUUUCUGUCUGAAAUUUUGGACCAGAAGGACAUAAAGGUACAUAGUUCACAUACGAUGAGAUAUAGGUUAAGGCAGAAGAAAGUUCUUGUUGUGUUUGAUGAUAUGGAUGACCAAGUCCUCUUAGAUGCCGUGUUGGGAAAACCUAGAUGGUUUGGUCCUAGAAGUAGAAUUGUAGUGAUUUCGAAGAACAGGGAGCUUCUUAGGGCCUGCGGAAUUGAAUCUGAUCGUAUCUAUGAGGUGGAUUACCCGUCUGAAUAGCUAGCCUCCCAGAUGUUCUGCCGAUGUACGUUCGGACAAGACUCUCCACCUGAUGGUUUUAUGGAGCUUGCUAAAUAUGCUGUAGACUUCACCGGGAAUGUUCCACUGGCUCUCAAUGUUUUGGGUUCAUCCCUCGCUGGGUUGAAGAAGGAGGAGUGGGAAAAGAGGAUGCCUAUGCUGGUAAAUCGUAUGGCUAGACAGAUUGAUAAAACAUUAAAAGACAGCUAUGACAGGCUAAAAGAAGAAGAUAAAGCUAUAUUCCGUCACAUAGCAUGCUUAUUUAAUCAUAAAGCAUGUGACUACGUGAAACGAUUGCUUGAAGAUAGUAAGUUGGAUGUGGAUGUUGGACUUGUUACUCUAGCUGAACGGUGCCUCAUUCAGAUAUCACAGGAUAAGAUCAUUAGGAUGCACGAUCUUCUGCAAGAAAUGGGUAGAGAAUUGGUCCGUCAACCAUGCAUUUUGGAGCCUGGAGAGCGUGAAUUCUUGUUGGAUUCUAAGGAGAUCUGUGAUGUACUUGUUGACGGAGCUGGAACUAAUAGUGUUUUGGGCAUAUUUUUGAACUUAUCCGAAAUGAAGGAUACAUUAUCUAUUAGCGAGGAGGCAUUCAGCGGAAUGAAAAACCUUCGGUUUCUAAGAAUCUGCGGGGUCCUACAGGAUGAUAAAAAAAUCGUUUUUCAGUUACGGGGAGGCAAAUAUCGUAUGUGGCGUCAACUUAGAUUACUAAAAUGCUGGGGGUCCUCAGUGAGAUGCAUGCAUUUACCAGAAGGCAAAAAACAUAUGUGGCGCCAACUUAGAUUACUGGAAUGGUGGGGGUGCCCAAUGAGACGCAUGCCUUCUAACUUGAGGAAUUGUGGGAAGGAGUUGUGGUAAGUUUUUCAGGUUUGAAUGCUUUUAAACAUAGUAAUUAACUGAAACUGUGCCAUAUUUUUGUUCCUGUUCUUGUCUUCUCAUUAUUGGUUUCAGACAAGGCUUAAUUGAACAAUGGAGAAAUAUAUACUGGUUAAAUUGUGGUAAAUGAAAGACAGUCAUCAAAUUUACCUUUUUUUUUUAUUUUAUUUAUAAAAACGAAGAAGAACAAAGAAGUAUAGAAAUUGCUGAAACUUGGGGUAGCUGUUCAAAUAAUAAAAGGUUUUAUUAGAACAUAUAUCCCCAAACAUUUCGAAACUGAAGGUGUUAUUCUUUUCAGAUGUCAAUUAUUUUGCAGAAGAGUGUGACCUUGCAAUGCCAACAUCGGCGAACCCAACGAGAUCUGAAAUCCUUCGCGUUCCAGUAUUAAAAUCAUCAUCAUAUUCUCUUGAUAGCGAGAUGGAUGACAUUUCGUUAUCAGGUGGGUCUUCUCGCAAUUGGAAGAAUGACGUCUUCCUAAGCUUCUAUGGGAAUGAUGUUCGCAAAACUUUAAUCAGCCACUUGUACAAGGAAUUCAGUAUCAGAAGAAUUAGUGCAAUUAAUGAUGAUAUGCUUGCGUCAGGCGAUGAUCUGGCCACUGAGCUUGUCCAUGGGAUAAGAGAAUCAAGAAUAGCUAUAGUUGUGCUUUCAAAUAAUUACGCUUCUUCGAGCUGGUGCUUGGAUGAGUUGGUGGAGAUCAUAAAGUGCGGCGACGAGAUUGGUCAACAAGUGAUACCCGUUUAUUAUGGUGUGGAACCUGCUCAUAUCAGAACUCAGAUCCUAGACCUUGGAAAGGCCUCCAAGAAAGGGUAUACAGUAGACAAUUACAAGCAACAGAAAUGGGUGGAAGCUUUGACUGUAUUAGACCAACAUAAGGGAUAUUAUUUCACCGACUGGGACUCUGAAGCGGAGAUAAUUCAAAAAAUGGCUGAUGAUAUUUCUUUUGCACUAAAUAUUACACCAAAAGAGUAUUUAGAUGUGGUUGGAGCAACAAUGCCUAGUAGUCUAAACCAGGAAACUGGGAAAGCACUAUACGAUAGGUUAAAUUGGAACGAGAAGGUUCUGUUUCGUCAUAUUGCUUGCUUUCUCAAUAAUGAGACAUAUGAGAAUGUGAUGCGAUUGCUGGAAGACAGUGGGUUGGAUGUUGGAGGUGGUCUUAAGAUUUUAUUUGAUGCAUCUCUGAUACAAAUAUCAGAAGAGAGAGUCAUAAGUAUUCACCAUGUGGUGCAAAAAAUAGGCAGAGAUGAAGUUCUUGAACCAUUCAUUCACCAGCCUGCAAAGCGUCAAUUAUUGAUGGAUACUGGCGAGGGUUGCGACGUACUUAUUGAUCAAACUGGCAAUGAGGAUGUGGUCAGCAUUUCGUUUAAGUUAUCAGAAAUAGAGACAUCGAGAAGGGAUGAAAGAGUCAUAGGAAUGAAGAAGUUGCAGUUUCUGAGGAUGUUCAAGGAGAGUCUGUAUGGUAAAGAAGUCAGAUUUCAUUUAGUAAAAGGCCUCCUCUUUGUGGGAAUACCUUGAUAAUGUUUGAUGGGUAAGAAUACUCACUCAGUAAUAUGCUAUCAUCCGCUUAUGUCUUUCUCCAUAUUGGCAUUUAUGGAUAGGAAUCGUUGUUUAUGUGUUAUACUUUACCUAUCCACUUUGAUACUAUUAAAUAUUUCUGCUACUACUGGUCCACUAUUAUCAUGUUGAAUCACAGGCAUUUUGCCAAGGUAGAGAAACUUCAGUGGCCAGGAGCAUACCUACGCAGGAAUCAUAGCCGGAGAGGAUUCUCAGAUUGGUACUUGCCUAAUUUUGAUCCACCUUCUUUCUUUUCAGUAUCCAUCUUCCCUUAGUAUCUACUUUAUGUUUGUGGUGUUGUGUCAUCACAUCAAAAACAUGAAUUCGUUCUUGAAUUUGUACUUGCAAACACAGUUCGUGUCCGAAUGUUUUGGAACAGAACAUAACGAUGCAUGGUUUAGGUGAGGGGAAAGAAGUAUGAUUCUACUUA